AUGGAGGUGUUUGCCACCGGACCGCUAACGGUAAAAAAUCUUCGGGAAGGAACGGUUUCGUGAAGAAUCAUUGCUUGUUCCAACAACCACAACAGAAGAAGUAUCGGCGCCCGACUGAGAAGGUGAGGCCCACCCGUUAGCUACCGCUACUACCGCUCGAUGGCAAUGUGGAAGAAAAACAUUUGCCUUCAGAUAUUGAGAUAUAUAGCCUGAUAUUUUUCAGAAAAUGAACUGCCUUUUAUUUUCAUUGUGUUUUAAAGUCUCCCUUUGUUUACAAGUAGAUUGAAUAACCACACAGCCCAAACAAGUAUCAAACAGUUUAAUAAUUCGCUACAUUUGUAAUUUUAUAACCCAGUCUUACAAUUGUAUCAUUGUAACAAGAUUGAUAGGGUGGAUGUUUUCUAACUAAAUUAUCAAGCCUCAGAAUGUGUGUGUGUGUGUGUGUGUGUGUGUGUGUGUGUGUGUGUGUGUGUGUGUGUGUGUGUGUGUGUGUGUGUGUGUGUGUGUGUGUGUGUGUGUGUGUGUACUGAAGGAUAGGCUAUGGGUGUUGUCAGCUAUGUUUUCAUUGAAAGUGAGUAGGCAAGUUUACAGUACACAAUCGGCCACAUCCUUGACACAUUUUGACCAUUGGUUUUUAUUUAGUUUUCCCAAAAGCCACUUUUAAAGUAAUAAUUGACAUCAUAAAUUCACUCUUUUAAACUCAAAACACCUAUAAAGGUUUCUGCCACCUGAUAACGUGAUAAUAAUGGUAUGACUGUAGUAGUACAGCACUUAGCAAUAACUACACUGUGUUUUUUCGCUCACUGUGUCAAAGUGUGUGUGUGUGUGUGUGUGUGUGUGUGUGUGUGUGUGUGUGUGUGUGUGUGUGUGAGUGUGUGUGUGUGUGUGAGAGAGAUUGUAGAAGGGCUGGUCUCUGUUUACACUGACACUACUAUGAAUACCAGUCAGAACGGGGAGGCAGAGCUUUCGUUGUGUAACAACUGGAGAGGAGUACUUUGUCUCCCAGAAACACACACACCCCCCCUCCCCGGGCAGCACACGUACAACACAAGCCAGCACCUGGGGAGAAUGGCUGCUAGCUAUGGGAGUGGUCCCUGGCAGGGCAGGGAUGUCUCUGAGGAGAAAGAUAUGGAAGAGGGAGAGAGGAACACGGUGGCAGUUGAGAUACAUUUGCCAUUGAAAUUGUUAGGUUUGUGUCCCAUUCUACAUCCUGAUAUUACCAGGUUCUGACCACUAGAUAGAGCUGUUCCUACUUUUAGGUGAUAUUUGUUAAAGGGAUAGUUCACCCAAAUUACAAAAUGACAUUGGUUUCCUUACCCUGUAAGCAGUUUAUGGACAAAGUAUGACAGCAACCUAUUCUUUGGUUUUGUUUACCUGGCACCUGUUUUAAAAGAUAACUUUUUAGCAUUUGUGGCACAAAUCCAAUGCAAGUCCAUUUCUUUUGACAAUAUCUUUAGAUUCCUCAUGUCUAACUCAUUGUUUAAAAAAAUGUCUGAUUGUAUGUUAGGUACUAUAUUUAUUGAAUAUUAUAUGAAUCCUAUAAAUUAAAAUGGCCAAUUUGGGUGCAGUCAAUUAGCUUAAUUUCUCAGAGACAAAAUAAUGUUGCAGGAACGCUAAUCUUAUCUGUUUCUAACAACAGAAACCAUUUCAGAACAAUCUGAGAUGGUGGGUGUUGAAAUCCUCUUGUGCUUUUCGAGGUGCAACGGCCCACAUACUGUAACUGUCCUGUAGGCUACAUUUCCUGUUUCCACCCCGGGUUCAAAGCAGAGUCUCUUCUCACAUGACAGUUGGUCUUAGGACCGUUGCUAACUCAAAGCUAUAAAUGGUGUUCAAAUAAGAUCUGUCUGUUUUUAGUAGUCUGUGGUAGUGGCUGUAGGGCCUAGGACACUAACUGUAUAUUUCACUUUAAACAUGAAGCAGCUCUGUCUCUGUGCAUUUCAGUUAGCUUAAAGGUCUAGUUGUUAGUAGUCAGACCUGAGGGUGUAUGUGGAGUAAGUCGCUCUGGAUAAGAGCGUCUGCUAAAUGACGUAAAUGGAAAUGAGUAGUAAGAGGGCUAUUUCCUCAUGUUCGUUCCCAAUGGGAGACUGACCCUGGGAGCCAGUUUGACCAGUUCUUAGCUCAGUUGAGCACAUGGCCUGUGCGCGCACACACAUACACCACAAAGGUAUUUCAGAGAGGGGCAUGACUGGGUCACAUGUGGUUGCUAAGCAGCCAGGGGUUUAAUGUGGGAUGAGGCUGACACUUCAGGUCAUUUGAUUUCAGAGUAUAGUUUUCAGGACAACAUGCCACAGUUCAGGUCAGCCUCAAUUGGAGGAUAGCCCUCUGAGCCCAGGGGCUGCGUGAGGUGAUCUGGCUUUUUAGGAGGGGGCAAAACAACCGCGUUCAUUCACUUGUGUUGAAUAUUUUGUUUUAAAUAUAACUUGAAAUGAUAUUGAGUGCUCUGUUUUUGUCCCUCUGUGUUUUUAACAAACGAUCUUUGAAUAAAGAAGAAUAAAGGCCUAUUUUUCCUCAUGUUUACCUCUGAGUUGUAUUAAUGUCCAUAGAAAGGCUUGAUGAGCCUCUUAAAGUGAGUUGUUAGACACUCUUGAUCUAUAAGCCAAGCUAAACACCUUUUCAUGUUCACACUCUCACAAAUCACCACUUACUCAGAGCCUACAGCUCAUGUGUUAUGGCAGACUGUCUGCUUUUUGUCAGAGAGAGACUACUCUUGCUGUGCUGCACAUUGGCUGAAGGUGUUCUGUCUUCUCUCAUAUUAAAACAUGUUUCUGUACUGGUGAUUUAAACAUUAAACAGAUUACAACAAGAAGUUAAUAUUUGACCUAGCAAGCAGAGAAACCCAUGUCUGCUGAACGGGCUAAGGUAGAUUACUCUCGUCUAGACACCUAGGCCUAUGUUGUUUUAUGUAGAUGACAGUUUCACCCUAGAGUCUAGACCUGGCCUAUGUGAUCAAAGGGAUAAUGAAUUCUCUUAAAUGUCACUCGUUAAUGUUUUUCUCACCUUGGCUGUCACCCAUGGGACAGAAGUAACUUCAACUACCAUUAGGGUACGCUUUGCUAAAGCCCCCUAAGGCCUGUGUUCUUACACAGGCUAAGCAACAACUAGGCCUACCCCAAAAACAAUGGUGGUUCCAUGUCACCUUGUUUUGCAUUAACCAAAUUUCAUGCAAAGAUCAACACAAAAUCACUUUGAGUAAGUAACACAACCAUCUUCUGUUUGUCUGUGUAUUUAUUCUUCUCCAGAACAACCAUGUUGUGCGUAACGCCAGCCUGUACAACAAGCCAUUUGUGGAGCAGUUUGAGGAGACUCCUCUGCUGGUGGCAGUCCUCACCUACAUGGGCUACGGCAUCCUCACCAUCUUUGGGUACCUCAGAGACUUCCUCCGGAACUGGGGCAUCGAGAAAUGCCAUGUGGCCAGAGAGAGGGACGAACAGAAGGUAAGAGAUGCAGACAGUAUUUUUUUAUAUAUACUGUUGCAUUUUGGUCAUUUAGCAGACACUCAUAUCCAGAGUGUCUAUACAUUUGUUUGUUCUGUCCAGUUCAUGACAAUUGGAUUUCUAAAGAACAAGGUAUUUGCCACUAACCACUGAUCUGUGAUCAGAUUACCCCACUGGCCCACCCCCAAUCCUAACCUAAUCAUUAAGGGGUUUGAAAAAAGAUCUGACCCUGUAUCAGUGGUUAGGGAUAACUUCUACACACUCCCUUCUCGCCACUCUCACUCUGCUCCCACCCUAACUGUCUUUUACUGGAUUUGUUGUUUUGAUAUAGACCUAACUAUUACAAUUCUAAUAUUUACUCAAGCACUGGGUGAAUAAGGUGCGUCUCCUUGGUGACAAUCAUAUUCGGGUGUGGGAAUAUUAGACGUGUCUUUCAAUUUUAACUUAAUUGUGGUUUCAGAUCUCAGUCGAGAUCAAUUGUCCGCAAUGUUUUGUGUUCUGAUAAGGGCUCUGACUGAUGUCACGCACCCAAGAAGGCUCAACCAAUCACCCGACGGAUAGUAAUGACUUUUCCUCCGGCUAUCCUACAAAAGGAAAUGUUGCUAUGUAACACAGGAAGGUGUGAAAAAGAUAACUCUAUGCAGGUCCACACGAGCUUUGGCAUUUUCUAAACCUGUUCAUGUCACAACCAUUAUGCUCAGUACAGCCAUUAUGUCUAACAAUUACUCAAGGAAGAUUCCACAAUAGCUUAAGCGUCCCCCAAACCUGUUAUUUGUAAACCACAAUGCUCAGUGCAAGCAUAAGCUAUGUCAAAUGAGCUCUCUGAAAGCUUGAAAGAAAGACACACCUGUGUGUUUGCAUUGAUUCAGACCUAGCUAAUCAUUCCAACGUCUGACAAUGAUGUCUCUCUGUCUGUGUUGUAGGACUUUGUUCCGCUGUACCAGGACUUUGAGAACUUCUACACCAGGAAUCUAUACAUGCGUAUCCGUGACAACUGGAACAGGCCUAUCUGCAGUGUCCCUGGAGCCAAGAUGGACCUGGUGGAGAGAGCCUCCAAAGACUACAACUGGACGUUCGAGUGAGUCGCCCACCCUAACAACCCUAACAGGGCUUACUUAUAGUGUGUGGGGGCUGCUGCGAGACAUUUGUUUGGCACUGUAGCCUUGGGCCUAGCCCUAGAAAAUCAUGGGAGUAGCUAGGGAGACAAGAUGUGUGUGUGUGGGUGGAUGGAUGGAUGGAUGGGUUGGUUCAUCUAUCCUUGUGGGGACCUAAAAUCCCCGAAAGUCCCCACAAGGAUAGUAAAACAAGGAAAAUUCUCCCUUUUGGGGACAUUUCCCAUAUCCCCAUGAGGACAAUGGCUAUUUUAAGCUAACAUGCUGACCACACCGCCUGCAUCGCGUGCACGAGCGUUGCAAAAUACAUUUCCACAUACAUGUUAUUCAAUCACACUGCUCGCGUGUCAACGAGUGUCUGCGUAGCAGUUGGUGGUGGUAAUGCACCUUAAACUGCCAUAUAAAGUCCAAAGAAGAAGCCUGAAGGAGGAGAGAUUACUAGAAACAAACUCGGUUGACCCUUUUAUCUGUGGAUUAAUUGUCGGAGUAGAGGUCCUUGUGCAUUUCAGGUAAAAUAACAAGCCAAUGUUUAUAUCCCAGGACAAAUUAGUUAGCAACAGCAAGCUAGCUAGCUAAAUUUAGAUACAUGUUUAAUGCUUUUCGACCUGUCCCCGAUUUAAUAUAGUUGGUUCAGAGUUCAUUUUGAUAUUUCAACCUGCGUGUCCUGAUCGCGUCUGGUGUGGGUGGACAAAAUCAAAAUUCUUACGUGCGGUGUGGUCAGCAUGGUAGGUUUAGGGUUACAAUUAGGAUUACAAUUAGGGGUAGAAUUAGGGUUAGGGUAAGAGUAAGGAGUUAGGGUUAGGGAAAAUAGGAUUUUGAAUGGAAAUACAUUUUAGGUCCUCACGAGGAUAGAAUAACAAAAUGUGUGCUUGUCCUUACCAACCUACGUCAUGGAAGACAUGUCUCUAUCAUACCCCCUCUAUCGCCCUUCAGGUCGUUGCCCUACUUAAAGGACAAAUCCACUCAAAAACGAUAUAUUUUUGUAUUUUUUUCAUUAGUCCAAGUGUCACUGCUUUGCUUCUUGAAAGUCCAAAAUCUUAACUUGACUGCUGGAAUGACAAACAUUUUAGGACUGUAUCAAAAGUGGACUAAUGGAGAAAAAAAAAUAAAAAAUUUUGGGGUGGAGUUUUCCUUUAAGAGAGGGGAGACUGUCAGGGGACAAAUGUGCUGAAUAGAAACCACCAACUGUAUUUAUUACAUGUUAUUGUGUGAUAAUGGUUGACCUCUUUCACUCUUAGCUAGGCCCUAGACGUGGAUGUCGAUUAAGGCAGCCCUCCGCACCUCUCUGAUUGAGGGGUUGGGUUAAAUGUGGAAGACACAUUUCAGUUGAAUGCAUUCAGUUGUACAACUGACUAGGUAUCCUCUUUCCCUUUCCAUAUGUGAUUUAUAAGCUUAUUUUCACAACCAAAUGUAAGUGUUAGGGAACCCAUCACUUCAAGAUGCAGUUAAAAACAAAACCUAUUCAACCAUAUUUUGCCUGUAAGGUAGUUAAUUUAGCUGCCUUGCAAAAAUGAUAAGUACUGUAUAAAAACAAAAAACAAAGGAAAACCCUUGUCUUGUCAGAGUUGGUCAAAGUUGUCUUUGUCUCCCAGACACACAGGCAAGGUGGUGAAAGACGUGAUCAACAUGGGUUCUUAUAACUACCUGGGCUUUGCUGAGAACACUGGGAGGUGUGCUGACAGUGCCACAGGGUCUACACAGAAGUACGGUGUGGGAGUGGGCAGCACCCGCUAUGAGAUGGGUAAGACGUGGUUAUAAUAACCUUCUUGUGGGGAAAAGGGCCAUUGUUUUAAAACACUCAUAUCUGUGGACCUCUGUAGCUCAGGUAUAGCAUGACGUUUGCAAAGCCAGUAUAGUGGGUUCGAUUCCCGGGACCACCCAAAUGUAAAAUCAAUCCCGCAUGACUGUAAGUCGCUUUGGAUAAAAGCGUCUGUUAAAUGGCAUAUGCUAUUUAAAACAAAGCACAGAUCUAAAAUAUGCAGUAGUAGAGACGACCUUGUGAGGACAAACUGCUCCACUCAUUUUGUUGUUGGUCUUGUUUCUCCAUGACCGACUGGCCAGGGGAAAGCUAUGAUCCCUUAUUGAUGUCACUUGUUAAAUCCACUUCAAUCAGUGUAGAUGAAGGGGAUGAGACAAAUAAUCUGAACUAAAAACGGCACACAUAUUUUGUAUUUUCUGUGCAUCCUUGUCAAUCGCUAAUCAAUAUCCAAAACCGGCACACUUUUUUCCCCCUUGAACUUGCACAUCAUCUUCUUUCUUUUGUGGCACCAAUGUGAAGGUUUAUGGCAGGGGAAACAGUGUUGCAGUAGUCUAGUGUGUGUAGUGGGAAUAAUGACAAGUGAACCAGGAAAGCUUUGUGUUCACAUUGCCCUAAAAAGGGAACCGGACUACUGCUUGUGGUAAUGUCAUUUCGCUGAGUCUACCUUUAAAGUAAGGCAUCAUUGUAUUGACAUGUUCUUGUAUCUGCUGUCUCCAGGUAACCUGGACAUCCAUGAGGAGUUGGAGCAGUUGGUUGCUAGGUUCCUGGGGGUGGAGUCAUCCAUGGCGUUUGGGAUGGGCUUCGCUACCAACUCCAUGAACAUUCCUGCUCUUGCUGGAAAGGUAGGAAUGCUGCUGGAAUGCCUCGCUUUAUCUCUCACUCUCUCUGAUCUCUCUUUCUCACUAACCAUGUUUCCAUCCACAGUUGUAAUGCAAGUGAAGUACUACCGUAUAAAAUAAAUCACGACAGCUGUGAUGGAAACUGGAAGUUUCGGUACAAUUGUAUGAAUGCCGACAGAUCAUUUGUCCGUUCGACAUGGUGGGAUCUUUUUAUGUCUGUAAAAUGAAUUAUGCGAGAAAUAGUGGUGGAAGCGCCUUUAUGCUCAAAUAUUUAUUUAAUGACCAUCAAAUUGAAGUAAACUUGGAGACUCGGAAACCAUGCAGUUUAUUAGGCUGCAGAUGAAAUAAGUUAUGAUGAACUUCACAGGGUGGUAAAAGUGCACGGUGCUGUUGGGUACACAGUGUAUUUCCUUUUAGUGGUGAAAACAUGUUUUGUUUUCAUUCACCAGUUGUACAUUGGUCUUAAAUGGUUAACGCCAUUCCAAAACAACCUAGUUUCCUCCAUGUGUUCUCAAAACAUUAAGAUACGGGGUCGUCAAUCGUCAUAACGCCUGACGACGCCAAUCCCCUUGAGGGUAGUAGCAUUGGGCGAGGGUAGUAGGGUUGGGCGACGUUACGAUAGCAUCGUCUAUCAACGAUGAUUGACAGCCAUCGUUGAUGGUGACGACAUUGUGAUGUGACAGACGAUAGUUUAGUUUAUUUGAACUUGAUUGGCGCUGCGCAGUAAAAAACGGAGUCUCGCAGCGCACAGCAGGGCAGCACACGUGACAUCCCUAGUAGUUUGCCUGUUCCUAUUUACUAUAGCCUAUUUCAAUAAAUAUGUGAUAAGGAACGCAAGAGAGAAAUGUAGGCCAGACAGAGCAGAGAAUUUCACCAAAGCGGCGCAGAAUGUCCAUUCCAAAAUAUUUGUUUCUCGCUCUCGGUCAGAUGCAUGGCCAUUAGCCUAAACCUUUUACCUUAACUAUCUUGUGUCUCGCGGUAUAAAAAAAAAAGUAGCCUAUAUUCCCUGCUCUCUCCAUUUGAUAGGCUAUGAAUAUGCAUGGAUUCUUACCAAAUGGCGAAUAACAUAUCUCCUACUAGGCCUAUCAUAAAAGCUUUAAGACAAGUUCAAGUUAUGAACAGUAGCUUAUUUCCCAAAUAUUCUAGGCUAUGUGGGUUUGAUUCCCAAGGGGGGCCAGUAUGAAAAAUAAACUAACUGUAAGUCGCUCUGGAUAAGAGCGUCUGCUAAAUGACUAAAAUGUAAAUGUAAUGAAGGUGUUGUCCUAAAGUUGUUGUGGCUUUAAAAAAUAUCAAGAAUGAAAGUCUAUAGCAUAGGCUAUUCUCAAUCACAGCUUUUAUGAGAGCGAGAACAAACAAUAUUAUUCAUUUUUCUAUUAUUUUAAGAGGCAAAUAAAGCCCACAAUGUAUAACAUAACUCACUACGGGAAGACUGUUCCUCAUCAGACAGUCACUGCUCCAUCAUAUGCGUGCCACACACCUGUUCUGCUAUUCCACCAGAAAGGAAUAUUAGAAAACAUUUGCCAUUGCCUGUACUUAACCCCUUCCCAGGCUUUCAACAACAUUAUCUUUCGUCAUGAUUUGUCCAGUUAAAUUCGAUUUUGCGCUAUAGCCCAACUGUUGUUUUAGCAGAGCUUUUUUGUUUUGUUUGAGUUUUUUAAUGUAUUGGAAUGGCCAAUAGGGGCCAUAGCAUCGUAUAUCAUUAUGUUUUAUGGGUACAUAAUCACGAUGGGACAAAGGUUGACAUCGCCUAACCUGCCCCCCCACCCCCUUCUAGCUCUGACACUACUGAUAGCUACAUUACCCCCCCCCCCCCCCUCCCCCCUUCUAGCUCUGACUCUACUGAUAGCUACGUUAUUGAGGAAAAAAAUACUUUCUAUGCUGUCUUAAGAUGAAUGAACUAACGCUAAGUCGCUCUGGAUAAGAGCGUCUGCUAAAUGACUGAAAUGUAAAAAUGUGUGUGUGUUUUGACAGAAAGUAAAGUAAAACCCUAAAAACAUUCUUUACCCCCAGAAUACUUAAACCGGUGACUAUCGGGAGACUAAAGAAAAAGGAGCACUCUGUUUCUGUGUAAAGCUGAUAGAUUUAUUGGCAUUCACAUAUUUAUUUGUAUUUUUUAUUUUACACUUAUUUUACCAGAUAAGUUGACUCAGAACACAUUUUAUAGCAAAGACUUGGGGAAUAGUUACAGGGGAGAGGAGGGGGUUUGAAUGAGCCAAUUGGAAGCUGGGGAUGAUUAGGUGGCCAUGAUGGUAUGAGGGCCAGAUUGGAAAUUUUGCAAGGACACCGGGAUUUAACACCCCUACUCUUACGAUAACUGCCAUGGGAUCUUUAGUGACCACAGAGAUUCAGGACACCCGUUUAACGUCCCACCUGAAAGACCACACCCUACACAAGGCAAUGUCCCCAAUCACUGCCCUGGGGCAUUGGGAUAUUAUUAUGUAUUUUUUGACCAGAGGAAAGAGUGCAUCCUACUGGCCCUCCAACUUCCAGCAGCAUCUGGUCUCCCAUCCAGGGACGUUGUGCCGUGACAUCGCAUAGUCCAUAUUCUUUGGUGCGGAUAGCUGUUUUGUGUUCAGCUAUUCUUACUUUGAGCAUGUAAAUAGGAUGUUGUACCACAAUUUAUGAAGUAUUUUAUCUUGUGUUCUUUACCCGAGCGUGGGUGAUAGAAUACUUUUGUGUACCCUCUCUGAAACACACAUGGUCGUCCUCGUCAGAGUAAGAACACACAUUUCCUGGUCCUGACAGACAUCAGAACCACUGUGGUUAGAGAGGAGGUAAAGGUCCAGUCACAUGUACCUGAUGGAUCAUGAGUUCUUAAACCCAGUCGGGUCUCUCAUUUUUCUCCUUUCCUCACUUCUUCUCGUAAAUUGCGUCAUUUGCAUAAUGAGCUCAUUCUGCUCAAUCAUUCAUUCACUAGAUUAUUCAAUUGUGUAACUUGUCCUGCGGUAACUAUGCAACGGUGUGUGGUGUCAUGUGUCGUCGCGUGAUGGCCGACGUGUCAUUGACUGUGAGACUGUCUUUAAUGCCCUCCCAUUCAGGGAAACUAUCCUGUAUACCACUUUAGUGCUUCAGUGUAUUGUAUUGCUAUGUAAAUAAAAUGUAUGAAUAUAUGUAAUUCUAGGGCUGUUUUGAUGUAAUAUAUUGUAUGAAAGACUUGAUAUAAAUAAAGUUCUUGUAAUUUCCAGGGCUGUUUGAUUCUGAGUGAUGAGUUGAACCAUGCCUCUCUGGUGCUGGGGGCUCGACUCUCUGGCGCCACCAUCCGCGUCUUCAAACACAACAGUGAGUACACUAACACUAGUCCCACUCAACUACCCCAAGGCCACUACACACUGGGAAACUAUACAAUAAGAAUUACAGAAAGGCUCUGCUUUGGUAUCUGUUUACCUAGCACACAGUAGUGGGUGUGCCCAUUGGCAACACCCGUCACACACACCUUUACCACUACACAAUCUACUGUUCCUCCCUUUGUAAUCAGUUAGGUGUGUCACGUAACACAACCAUUACCGAUAGUCUGCUCCUUUCAUGCCAAUGUUUUGGUUUAGACUGCUCUAAGACUGGGUGCCAGUCAGUGUUAGACAGCUUGUUGUUGUCUUAUCAAGGCUACAAUUUAGCAUUGUUGAAUGUUGAAACAUUCAGGGACUCUGGCUGCAUUAUUCAUACCCGGUCUAUGUCCUAGUCUUCUCUAACACCGUUCUGUCGGUCUCUCCUCUCCAGAUAUGGUGAGUCUAGAGAAGCUGUUGAGAGAUGCCAUCGUUCACGGCCUGCCCAGAACACACAGGCCCUGGAAGAAGAUACUCAUUCUGGUCGAGGGAAUCUACAGGUAGUCUACCUUUUUAGAAAGACUCAAACAAAUUCUAACCCUUUGAACUCUGUCAUAUGUAGGGCCAGAUGGAUUCUGUGGAGGCAUGUUAUAUAAAAGAAAUCGGGUGAAAUGAAUCAAGCCAAACCGAUUAUGCGAAUACGCUCUUUCUAGCACCCAGAAUUGAUUGAUGUAGAGUGAAUCAUACUGCAGUGCAUUCAGAUAUAAAAUGUGUGUGGCUUGAGUUCUUAAGGUACUUACCAUUAAAAGUCAAAUCAACCCAUCCAUAAUUAUCAAUAUGGUUGUUAGUAAACCUGCCUCUCUAAUCAAUAUAAUUCACUAAUGUGUAGUUAAAAUGGUCUGACACACCCUUAGGGAACUAAAGAGAAACGGUCAUUGUCUUUCCACUGCAAACAAUGAUCAAGGAGCUGCCAAUAAGAUGCACUCAGUAGCCAAUUUAUUUGGUACACCACUCCGUUCCUACAGACAAUGAGUCACGUGGCUGUGCCUUGCUAUAUAAAGCAGGCAGACAGGCAUCGAGGCAUUCAGUUACUGUUCGAUUGAACGUUAGAACGAGUGACCUAAGUGACUUUGAGCGUGGUAUGAUCGUCGGUGCCAGGCGCGCCGGUUCCAGUAUCUCAGAAACGGCCGGCCUCCUAGGCUUUUUCACCCACGACAUUGUCUAGGGUUUACCGAGAAUUGUGUGAGCGGCAGUCCUGUGGGUGAAAACAGCUCGUUGAUGAGAGGUCGAAUCAGAAUGGCAAGAAUCGUGCAAGCUAACAGGCCGGCCACAAACAGGCAAAUAACGGCACAGUACAACCGUGGUCUGUAAAACGGCAUCUCAGAACGUACAACUCAUCGGUCUUUGUCACGGAUGGGCUAUUGCAGCAGACAACCACACCAGGUUCCACUCCUGUCAGCUAAAAACAAAAAGAAGCGGCUCCUGUGAGCACGCGAUCACCAACACUGGACAAUUGAGGAGUGGAAAAACAUUUCCUGGUCCAACAAAUCCCAGUUCCUGUUGCGUCAUGCUGAUGGCAGAGUCAAAAUUUGGCGUAAGCAGCAUGAGUCCAUGACCCCAUCCUUCCUAGUGUCAACGGUACAGCCUGGUAGCGGUGGUGUAAUGGUGUGGGGAAUGUUUUCCUGGAGCACGUUAGGUCCCUUAAUACCAAUUGAGCAACAUUUCCAUGCCCCAAAUAACUCAGGCUGUUCUGGAGGCAAAGGGGGGUCCGACCCAGUACUAAUUAACUGGCCACUGAGUGUACAGUACAUUGUUUAGAGAUUUAUACCUAGGGUGAACUAAUCACCUGUCUUUGUAGGUAAAGUAACAUAAGGUGAAAAGUACAGAAACUGAUCCAUCAUUUUAGUGUGUGUCUCUCUCUCCUCCCUCCACCUCACCAUUCUCCUCUUCCCCAGUAUGGAGGGCUCUAUAGUGUGUCUGCCUGAGGUGAUAGCCCUGAAGAAGCGUUAUAAGGCCUAUCUGUACCUGGAUGAGGCCCACAGCGUCGGAGCUCUCGGACCACGCGGUGGAGGGGUGGUGGACUACUUUGGUCUGGACCCCAAAGACGUGGACAUCAUGAUGGGAACGUUCACUAAGAGCUUUGGUGCUGCUGGUGGAUACAUCGGAGGGAAGAGGGUGAGAUGGCUGUCUGCUCUAAAGCAACCUUGAUUUCCUGCUUUCUUCACACAUACCCAUUCCAGUAACCGAGUGAAUACGAGAUGGAGAAGUAUGGCAACGUGUGACUCUCUCCAAAGGAUCACGGGUUAGGAGAAAUGUUCUUGGCAGGGUGCCAAGGUGCCCAAAGCUAUGUUCAGGGCAGUAAAUGUGCUAAAACAUUCCAUUACAACAAAGCUAGGUGUGUAUAGAUAACAGGCACUGACAUGGGACAACCAUAUUUAUAGUGACUGGAAGCCUUUAUGAUUUCUGGGAUGGUUUCUGAUACAGUUUACUGGGACAGUUUAGGUGUGGUGGUUUAGUCAUCAACAAGACAAACUGGUUUUACCAUUGCCCCAUGAUGUGGGAAAUUCUCUAAGGGCUGAAUCCUACCUUGAGAUCUGUUAGAGUAACUCAGAUUGUCACAUAAAUCAUGCUUUCACAUCAAUAGGAGACUUGUACGGAAAUUUGAGAUGUGCACCAUCUCAAGUUCGACUUUAUGUAGUAUUAUCGUAACUAUAAAACCCAUUCAUAAAGACAAUGGUGUUUUGUUUCUCUCCCCCAUAGGAGUUGAUAGACUACCUGCGGUCCCACUCCCACAGUUCUAUCUACGCCACGUCCAUGUCCCCUCCCGUGUCACAACAGAUCAUCACUUCUAUGAAGAUCAUCAUGGGAGAGGACAACACCACUCUGGGUGAGUUUACACAGCAAGCCUCCACUUCAGCUGGGACCACACUGUGUUGUUGAAUGAGAACUAGUUAGUAUCUGGUAAGUAGUUAUUUUCAUCCCUGGUCCUGGAGAGCUACAAGGUGUUAUAAACUGGGUAGGUCGAGUCCUGAAUGCUGAUUGGCUGACAGCCGUGGUUUAUCAGACCGUAUACCACGGGUAUGACAAAACACAUAUUUUUAUUAUAGGCUUGUGUUCUUGCCUGGCACUGAAAAACAUGAUUCAAUCAUCAAUAUUUAAUCAUCAAGAGCUUGAUUUGUUGAAUCUAGGCCAAGGGGUUGAUGACUGCUGGACAGUACAAAAGGUAUUUUCCUUGCAUUAGGCAGUACCUGUCACCACACUUUGUCAUUACCAUCAGUAGCCACAAGAUGGCUGUAUAGACCUGGAAAGCUAAGGAGCUGUUUUGCCAGCUGUUGAGUUGACAUAAACCCUGCUGCUUGGUUAAUCUUGUCAUGUGAAUUCAUUGCCCUCUCCAACAGAUGACAGCUCAGAGGUGGGAGCUUAAUGUCAUGUAGGGUUUGUAUAGAUUUUCCUAACCAGCUUUGAACUGGUCUGAUCUGUACUUUGACUCAGGGAGUGGCAGGGUAUAGUACCUUGGCAAUCACUCACCCACAGCCAAGUGAUAAAGGCUAUAUAAUACAUUUCUAACUGGCUAACAGAGAAAGGUAAACAAAGGAGAGUCUGGAUAAUAAGAAUUCUAGAAUACUAGAAUGGCACAUAUAGUUGCCAUUGCACUAUUCCCCUUUUUACUCCCCCGACAGACGCACACAGACAACCACACAGCCUUAUUGGUGACUAAAGGUAAAGUGGCCGAUGUUGAAAGAGUCCAUUUCCUGUUCAAUAACAGUAAUUUCCUUUUCCUGUUUCUGCUUCUUAUGUUUCAUUCACUGGGCUUCUGAUGGGUUAAAGUGGAACUGACAGCGUUUUAACUACUUUGCAUAUAUGAAAUAAACAGAGAAUCAUAAUAUGAAUUUAUGUAUUUCAGUCCUUGACUAAUAAUGUUCUGUACUAUGUAUUGUUUCAUGUGGACCCCAGGAAGAGUAGCUGAUGCUUUUGCAGCGGCUAAUAGGGAUCUUAAUAAAUACAGUCAAAAAUAUCAAAUUCCCAGUUUAUGCUUCAAAACCCACUUUAUAAGAGGUUUUAAAAAUAGGUUCUAUUUGACUCAACAUUCCAUGACGUACAGUAAGGCAUUGUUGGCAGAAUAGAUGGAUGCAGUUCAAUGCAUGAUUUAAUAUAAUUAACCAAUACAUUUCUUGGUAGUCCACAAAAUAUUGCUGUCAGGUUGUAAAUCACAGCUGGCCUGGUACAUUGUUUGCUGCCGCCACCCACUCGGGAUUCACUGUUUGUUUCAAUGACUUAAUAUUUUGAAAAAAAAUGGACGACUGUAACUACAUUUACAUUUACAUUUUAGUCAUUUAGCAGACGCUCUUAACCAGAGCGACUUACAGGAGCAACUAAGGCUGGGAAUGUCAAUAGAAUCAAACUAGCAAGGGCAAUGGUCACAAGUCAGUCAUAAUGUGGCUAAUAGGGUAGCGCACGUGUCAAACACAAGGCCCGCAGGCCGAAUAGCACACAAGCGAGUAGAAAUGAGUCAAUAGUUGAGUCAUCUACUUUUCGCAUUGGUGAAUUCAACUUCAAUUUCGCUGCUUUUGUUUGUCCCAUUUCCAGCGCGCAGCGGAGGGAAAGGGUACAGACACAGGCCACAGUCCUAGUUAGGCUACUAAAAUAUUGCUGUCUGGCUUCGGUUUUAAAAGCUUGCAAUGAAUAACCAAAAAACAAAACCUGCAACAAAACACCAUGCAAAGUGAAACAUGUAGGCCUAUGAACCCUGGUCAUCCCUACUGCCUCUGAUCUCACUAAACACAUGCUUUGUUUGUAAAUUAUGUCUGACUGUUGGAUUUAUUUUAUUUUAUUUUUGUUAUCUGGUUUGCUUAAUAUAAGGAAUUUGAAAUGAUUUAUACUUGUACUUUUACUUUUGAUACUUCAGUAUAUUUUAGCAAUUACAUUUACUUUUGAUACUUAAGUAUAUUUAAAACCAAAUACCUUUUGACUUUUACUCAAGUAGGAUUUUACUGGGUGACUUUUACUUGAGUCAUUUUGUAUUAAGAUAUCUUUACUUUUAUUCAAGUAUGACAAUUGGAUACUUUUUCCACCACUGAAUAAUAGUGUAUUUUUUUAAUUCUCUAAACGUUCUUUAAUCCCUUACACUCGUGGGAAUUGGCCUAUACGGAUAGAGCUAUAUUUGUAUGUUUCUUACAGAAGAAAUAUGGAAAGCAUAUGCAUAACCAUGGUAGCAAUUAAAAGGGAACAGUUUGGAGAUCUUGGGAAAAUUAUUAUAAUAAUAAUAUGCCAUUUAGCAGACGCUUUAAUCCAAAGCGAUUUACAGUCAUGUGUGCAUACAUUUUUACGUAUGGGUGGUCCCGGGGAUCGAACCCACUACCCUGGUGUUACAAGCACCAUUCUCUACCAAUUGAGCUACAGAGGACACAACUAAACUAAAGGUGAGGACACAACAGUUCACCUGACACAAGACUGAAUCCAAACAUUACACUAUUGAUUUUAUAUGCAUUUUGCAUUUAAAUCAAAUCAAAUAUGCCACAUUUGAUAACGAAAUCUGAAAAUACUGAAGAUGCAUUCAGUAACAUGAUACGAAUAUUCUUGGAGAACACAAGGCAAAAGAAAUAACAAGGGUUUGAGUGAGAGGUCUAACUGGUGUUUCCAAGUGGCCACACACCUCCAAAGUGUGCACAGUUCCUAAGUAAUUUCAAUGCACUUUUAUGACUCAAAGAAGAGUUUUUAACAAUAAGGUGUUUUUUUUUUUUUUACCUCUCCUAGCUGUGCCGUUGAGGAACUAGAGCAAGCACACUUGUAGUUUUGUUUGGAACACAGCCCUGCAUCCCCGCCUUUACACAAUUACUGUUGUUUUUUACGCAAUCCAAGAACGGUCCAUUAUAAUUUGCAGUCUGGGUAUAAUCUGAAAGCUUGUUUACAUUUUAGUUAUUUAGCAGACGCUCUUAUCCAGAGCGACUUACAUUAUACAUAAUUGUUUUAUUUUUCAUACUGGUCCCCCCGUGGGAAUCAAACCCACAACCCUGGCGUUGCAAACGCCAUGCUCUACCAUCUGAGCUACAUCCCUGCCGGCCAUUCCCUCCCCUACCCUGGACGACGCUUGGCCAAUUGUGCGCCGCCUCAUGGGUCUCCCGGUCACGGCCGGCUACGACAGAGCCUGGAUUCGAACCAGGAUCUCUAGUGGCACAGCUAGCACUGCGAUGCAGUGCCUUAGACCACUGCGCCACUCUAUUGCCAACAUGACUAGCUACAUUGUAUUUGAAAAUCUUAGUGUUAGGCUUUCACAAGGCAAUUCAGAGAAGUAAAUUGUAUACUGAACAAAAAUAUAUACACAACAUGCAACUAUUUCAAAGAUUUUACUGAGUUACAGUUCAGGAACUCAGUCAAUUGUAAUAAAUUCAUUAGGCCCUAAUCUAUGUAUUUUACAUGACUGGGCAAGGGUGCAGCCAUGUGUGGGCCAGGGAGUGCAUAGGCUCACCCACUUGGGAGCCAGGCCCACCCACUCAAAAUGAGUUUUUCCCCACAAAAGAGCUUUAUUACAGACAUAAAUACUACUCAGCUCCCCCUCAGAAGAUCCCACAGGUGAAGAAGCCGGAUGUGGAGGUCCUGGGCUGGCAUGGUUACAUGUGGUCUGUGGUUGUGAGGCUGGUUGGACGUACUGCCAAAUUCUCUACAACGACGUUGGAUGCGGCUUAUAGUAGAAAAAUGAAUACUAAAUUCUCUGGCAAAACAGCUCUGGUGGACAUUCCUGCAGUCAACAUGCCAAUUGCACGCUCCUCAAAUUGACAUCUGUGGUAUUGUGUUAUUUGACAAAACUGCACAUUUUAGGGUGGCCUUUUAUUGUCCCCAGCGCAAGGUGCACCUGUGUAAUGAUCAUGCCGUUUAAUCAGCUUCUUGAUAUGCCACACCUGUCAGGUGGAUAGAUUAUCUUGGCAAAGGAGAAAUGCUCACUAACAGGGAUGUAAACAGAUUUGUGCUCCAAAUUUGAGAUAAAUAAGCUUUAUGUGCAUAUUAAACAUUUCUGUGAUCUUUUAUUUCAGCUCAUGAAACAUGGGACCAACACUUUACAUGUUGCGUUUAUAAUUUUGUUCAGUAUAAUUUUGGUGUGCAUAGAAUAGAGGCAUGAGUGCAUUCAGAUGUGUGUUCCGCUGCAAAUUUUCUUCACAAUACAAUAAACAGAUGAAUUCUGUUCAGGACAACUGUCAACACAACCCAGGGUAUAAUGCCAUGUCAUCUUGUAACUGGACAUCAAACAUAGUGAUCAUAAACUUUGACACUGUAUAUGAUAUGAGUUUUAUGAUAUGGAAAUGUGAAGUGCACAUUUGGACUCAUGGGUCUUUGGCUUGCUUGUAUGACAUCCAAGCAGUAUUUAUUAUAAUCCUCAACAGCUCAUCUUUCAAAAUGCUGUACAUAGAGUCCUCUUAAUUUACAGAAUUACCCUCAAUCAGACAACAAAACAUUAGCAAAAGUUGCCCUAUUAGGGGUAGGGAUGAGGGCAACGUCUUGUCGCGUGCUGGGCUCAAGUUCAGAAUGUCUGUCAGUCAAAACCCAUACAGCGCUGUGAAGCGGAGACCCUGAGAUCUGACGUCAUGUAUAGCAUGUUACUGUGCAGCCACUGCGUUCCAAUUUAGGCGCUUAUCAGUGCCCAAAUCUGUCAUUUUCAACCCGUAUACAGGUACCAGUGUAAAGGGCUACGACCACCAACUAUCACUCAAAAACUAAAGGCAAUGCAUGUUAAAUGGUGUGGAAUUGAGGAGAUCAACUGUGUUGACAGUCACUCCUACACACACAGCGGAGCAUAUCCCCCUCUCAGUAGCACCAGGCUGGGUUAAAACCUCCAGACAGUCUCCUGCAUCCCUCAGAGGGCUCUGGGUGAUUGAAGCCUGUGAAGUGGUAGCAUGGACUUUCUCCACAUAGGGAUUUUAUAGCUUUCAGAUGUCUGUGUGUGUUGGAGAUCCAUAGUGUCUGUGCAGAAGUGUGUCUCUUUGGUGCACAUUCUAGCUGGGUGCAAAGCGGCCUGCCACUGGGGGUUAGAGUUCUAGGUGGCUCCCCUGACCUUCAGGGCUUCAGAGAACGAGCUGUGGUAAAACAUGUUUUCAUCCCCCAAUGGGUAAUGUUGGGUUGGGCUAUAGAGUAAUCUGAUCCUAGAUCUGUGGUUAAGCGCAACUUCUACCUUGGUGGGAGACGGAAGGAACCGUCCUGUUAGAGUAAUGACCCUGGAGUGAUCCGGACCCUCGCUGGGCUAUUUACAUUUACGUCAUUUAGCAGACGCUCUUAUCCAGAGCAACUUACAGGAGCAAUUAGGGUUAAGUGCCUUGCUCAAGGGGACAUCGGCAGAUUUUUCACCUAGUCGGCUCAGGGAUUAGAACCAGCGACCUUUCGGUUACUGGCACAACGCUCUUAACCACUAAGCUACCUGCCGCCUGCUAUGUGUGCGUGAAUCUAUCUCACCCGGUAUCAGUGGAUAGGGACAAGUCCCUCCCAGGUGGGCCACAGUACAGCAAUGUUGUAUUCAUUAGGGCAUGCAAUGGUAAAUGUUUUGCAAUGGAAAAUGUAUGUUUCUUAUUGGAUCAUGUCCAAGUAGGCCCUCAGUUUGUUCAUUAACUUCUGUUUGGUCCUCAAUUAAUAUGAGCCUGAUCUAGCAGCUAUGUUCAAGCCAUCACAAUGCUCCGGACCAUUCUCUGACAAACACAUGGAAAUGGCUGAUCUCACGGUCUUGUCUAAAUCACUUGACAGUUUUCUCAGGAAAGAGUAACAUUGGCAGUUCGCUGGUUCCCAGCUCCAUGUGGGUUUGAGAUUCAAGCCUUUGAAGUGUAGUCACUGCCAUAGCUGCAUAACUAGUAGUGGCAUCGAGGCUGCUAACGUUUUGGCUAUUGUGUCAUGUGCCAGAAUGACUGACUGGGGUUCGAAGCUUGGUGAGUUAAUGAGUCUGGAGUGUCUCAGGCAAGGUUACUCUUCGUAUGAGUGUGGUUCAGUGAACCACCUCCAUUACACAAUCAGAAUGAAUUUCUCUAGUUUGAAGCUCAAAUCAAAUAUGUGGAUGAGACGGGGGACAGACGGGACAUUCCUACCAGGGAGCCCCUCCAAUAUGAAAGGAAUGUCAAACAAGUGGAAAGCAAUUCCUUCUCCUGAAAACAUCAGCCUAUACGUUUAUCAUUCUACAGUUCUCUCAGAAUGGCUUUGAAUUCCAUGCCAGGGCCCAGGGGGGAAAAACUGUCUGUGUGAAAGGAAUUUAAUUUCAGACUUGUUGAGUUUGGAAUGCUUUACGUUUGCAGCUCUGUGUUUCAAAAUGAAAUGGCAGAUGCUGUUUUUUGGGUUUGAGCACCUAGAUGUAUCCAUUCCUUCCAGUCAACAAGGAAGUUAGGCCAAAGGCCUAAGGUAGUGGGCUGAAAUAGUGUGUAAGUGCAGCAGUCCUUUUAAUUGUUGUGGUUUACCUGUUAAUGUUUUGACUGGUUAAUGGUUGUAAUCACUAAUGGUUUAACAGGUUAAUAGAUUAAUUAGCUAAUUGUUUAAUUGGUUGUUCAUGUUUCCAGGGGCGGAGCGUCUGAGGCAGUUGUCAGAAAAUACCACAUACUUCAGAAGGAAACUCAGAGAGAUGGGAUUCAUCAUCUACGGAAACGAUGACUCUCCUGUCGUACCCAUGAUGCUCUACAUGCCAGCCAAAAUAGGGUAGGUCUGGUAACCGCAAGUUCGUGAUGUUUACAAAAACACAAACCUCAACUAAGAUGGAGUAGGUUUGAUCAGUCAGCCAAGUCACACAUCUUGGUCAACUAACACAGUUUUAGAGUAAAUACCACAGUGAACAUGAUCAGAUUGUUUCUGUUAUAUUCACACGAUCAACAUGACAUUGCUCAGUCAGCCAGCCAUAGAAUAAGCAGAUUGUUCACACAUUGGUCACAUGGUCUAUAAUCCUGAUCUCUGAUUGGUUCUCUCUCAGGGCGUUUGGCAGGGAGAUGCUAAAGAGGAACAUUGGGACGGUGGUGGUUGGCUUCCCGGCCACACCCAUCAUCGAGUCCAGGGCCAGGUUCUGUGUGUCUGCCGCACACACCAGGGACAUGCUGGACACUGUGAGUCACCUAUCAGAGAUGCACACACACACACACACACACACACAAACACACAAGACAUGCUUGAUACAGUGAGUCAAGUAAUCACAGACCAGAGUCAAAGGACUCCUCCCUCUCUCCAUGGCGCCAUCUCUAUCUGCCUCUCGCUGGUACUUUUUCAAAAGUGUAGCAUUCUUUUAACAGUCUGUCUCACUCAAUAGGAUUUGUGUUCAGCACUAUUCAGCACAACUCUCUUUUAUCUUAGUAUAGGAUGAAAGGAGGAGGAAGGAGACUAGGUGAGGACGCUGCAUUUGAGUAUUGAGAAGUACCCCAAGUUUCUAUGUGGUCCUAGAAUUGGGUCCAGUCCAAUUGAUGGGAAUGGUUAUGGUUAGUUACAAUAAUUGGUCAAUUGUUAGAAUGUAUGGUGAAGACUUUAUUUUUCCCUUGAGACAUCACCAUCGUCCUUUGAUAGUUGAUGGAAUCCCUCCACAUCUCUUCCUCAAAGUAGUUACAUUGACUGACUGACUGUCUCCCAGCAGUGAGUCAGUCAAGCCUGGCUUUAACUGUCAGGGUUGAUGUGCUGCAGGUGUGGAGGACAGGAAAUGCAUUUCAAAAUGUGCUUUAUUCGAGGGGGGUGAGAGAACACCUGUGUUCAGCAAGUGUUUGUUUUCUUUCAAAUGCUUAAGCCUUGCCCGCCUGGCGCAACGGAACCAACAAAAUCAUCCCAUAAGUGCCAACCCCACCCAUCUGGCAGGCUCAAUCAUGCGUUCAAAGUAUUUGGAAGAACACAAAUACUAUUUGAACCCUGGUGUGGGAGUGACUUGGAAGAAAGACAGCACAGUGCCAUAACUGUGGUGGCGCAGCGAGCUCAGACUUAGUUUUAUUUUGGCAUGCGUGUUGUCUGUCCAAGGACAGUCCAUUUAUCUUUUUGAAGAGUGUGUCAACACCGUUUUUAAUAGUCCAUUUAAAGCACAUCAGGUUCACUUUGUUAAAAUGCAUGAAGCCACUUUUUCUUCUUUGGAAAACUCGUCUCUCUCUUUACUCAAAGUUCAGAGAAGGUGUGGGGAAAAAAAGAGAAAAUCAAGGAAAGUAAAUUGUUUCCAGGUGUGUUGCGGACCGAUGGUAUCGCAACACAGAAAGUCUCCUGUGGAAAGUGUUAUAGGCCUAGUUUUUCUGCUCAGUUGUGUUCUAGUUUUACGCAAGUAGACCCUAUUUUUCUUCACUAACAAUUUGGUCAGGUGAAUUUCACGGUUCAGCAACCCUCACAAUGGUGUAAGAAGCCCACCUCUCCCCCUUCAAUCUCUAGGAUCAGCAGGAAUUACUCAUGGUUCUAAUGCUCACAAUAUGCUGCUGUUGUGUAUGUACUCAACUCUCCCCUCGUUCCUCAGUAAAGAAUCCCACUUCUGACACCAAAUGUAGUAAACAUAAUGUCUUCUGUUGUUGUUAUAUCCUCUCCUCUCCUCCCCCAGGCAUUGGAGGCCAUCAGUGAGGUUGGGGAUGUGUUGCAGCUGAAGUACUCCAGACACCAGAGACAUCAUGAUUUCCCCUCCUCCCUGGGUCCAUAGUCCUCUGAGGAGAGUCUGCUCCUGGAGCCCAGCCACGUCAAGCCUUCUUGUCAUAUAACUAACUGAACCAGCUACACCAGGGAUACUUACACGUUUGUUUGUUUUUGCACUUACCUGGUGCACCGGCUCUAAAUCAGUCCCUGACUAAAGAAUGAAAAUUAGAAGUGGAACUCAGUGAAUUUGAGGAUGUCUGACCUACACUACAGUGGGGCAUGGAUAGAAAGUAACCAAGGUCUUAUCAUCUGUUUUCGUUUCGAUAGUGUGUUAGCCCCUAUGGUUGUCUUACUGUAUCUUCAUUUUUUUGUGUUGGACCUAAAUGUUGAAUCUUAUUUCUGUGUGCACACUGCAUAAUGGGGGCUUCUAGUGCAAUAAUAACAAGAUGGGAGGAAGAAAUCAAUAGAACUAGACAUGGAUUUACGUUGCCAUUAAAAUAUACAAUUUGUUUGGUUAUACCAAUGGAGAUAAUGGAUCAGAGAAAUUGAAUCCCUAGAACAGGGAUCUACAUUUGUUCUAUGGAUUCUGUUUCUAUGGGUUGGAUAAUAGCAGAAGUUUUAAUGCAAGAAAGACGUAAAUAGAUAAUAUAUAUCAUUCAUGACUUUAGUAGAGCACUGGCUAUAUGGUUAAUAUACCCAUAUAUAGGCUUCAUAUCAAAUGAGGUACAUCAUCAAGUGUAGCUUAUUUUAUAUUGAAGUUUCCACUCUAAUCAGUGUGUUAUACUUUAAUAUUGUCACUGGGUUCUUUCCCUAACCAAUGUUUAUAUUAUCUGCUUUUACACAGUAAAUGAACAGGUAAAAUCUCAACGUCUUUGACCUAUUAUCAUAGCUAGUCACCAAAGGAAGUGAUACUUUCCAUGAGAACUUCUAUCUCUCUCUCGUAAGCUACAUAUUACACCUGUUCAGAAAAGAUAAGUUUAGAUAAAUAGAAGAAUAUGGUAAGAACCCUUUUGAAGAGCUGACAUUAAUAUUAGUUAUAUAUUGCAGCUUAUUUUCUAUCAUUCUUUAAUAUUUAGUGUUGUUUAUGCCUGCACUCGAUUAACUUGAGCCCAAAUGUCUUUAAACAUUUCUAUACGCUCUAGAGUAUUUAACAUAUCUAUCGCUGAAUAAGUCUUUCAUAUUUCUAUAGCUUGAUAAGAGCCAUGUCGUGUGAAGUGUCUCUCUUAGGGUCGGAUUCCCGGACACAGAUUUAGGCUAGUCCUGGACUGAAAAACGAUUUCAAUGUAGAUUCUUGGCUUAAUCUGUGUCCGGGAAACUGACCCUUACUGAAGAGCGACGUGAUAUGAGUCUCUAACUGUAUAUCUUCUAAGUGCUUAUUAUAUUAAUAACCAGUGUUGUCGUCUUACUCUGGCCAUAAUGUGACCUACCUGUUUAUCUGUAUGUAUGAAGAUGCUGCAUCCUAACCAUGCUUCUCUGAUGUACAGAUAUGUCCUUAUUUGGUAACACUUCCUAUUGAUACCCUCUUCACAGUGCAAAAUAAGUGCAUUUAUAGUGCCUUAUGAGCUAUAUAUAAUGCACAACAUAGUUUUAAUACAGGAAGUGUUACGCCUUUAUUUAUUACAAAUGUCUUAUAGUUUUUCAAUUUGCUCUAUUUUGUGGUAGAGGUUUCUAAUAUAAUAUAUCUGUGGCAGCUCUAAUUAUGUUCUACACUCUUCGGGGAGGGGUAUGGGUUACCUAGAACCGUUAAAGGUUAUUUGGUAGUCUCUGUGUAAUCCUUUUUUGGUUCCAGGUAGAACCCAUUUUGGUUCCAGGUAGCCCAUUUCACCAAAAUAUUAUUUUGAGGGUUCUUUGUUGGGUGAAAGAGUUCUGCCUGGAAGCAAAACGGUUCUCCUACAGGGACAGCAGAAUAACCCUUUAGGAACACUUUUGAUGGAAUAUGUGUGUCUUAAUAACAAACAGACCACAUCUUCAGUGCUAGUACUACUGACAGGCAUUGGAAAUGCACAGAUGAUGUAGCCUCACUGAAAUGACAGGCUGGCUAACUAACGCUUGGUUAAAAGGAAGCAUAUUUUGCCGCCGACUGUCUCUCACAAUUAUUCUUCUUAUCUAAUAUAAUAUUCCAGAAUUGGCUGAUUUGUUUUGGCUUCUAUAUUUGUUUUGAUUUUAGUUUGUUUUGUUUAAAUGUUAUGUUUGACUUUCCAUGGCUCAGUUUAUGGGUCAGUUCAAGUAUAAUAUUGUCAUUUGUCAAAUAUCCAGUUUGUAGUGUGAGUGUACAUUUGCAUUGGAAGUAGAAAUGUGUGGAAGAGAGCUGCAGUUAGCACUGUGAUCGUUAGACCACUACAAACUCCUUAUUAAACUAUGGCUGACAUUUAAAGUGUCUAUAAUUUGUCCAGACGUAAAAUGUUAAACUUGCUAUUUUUAUAUUGUAUUUCAUUAAAGCUGGGUGGGCCCAUGUAGAGUCUGUCUUCAUCCCAAAUGGCAUCUUAUUCCCUAUAGUGCACUACACUUGACCAGAGCCCAAGUCAAAAUGGUGCACUAUAUAGGGAAUAGGGCGCUAUUUGGGAUCACCCUCUGUAUCCUGUUCCGAUCUCCUUUCUAUUGAGGCAUGAUGUGAUUGCUG